AAAGCACAAUCCUGGUGUACUUUUCUUGUUCCUGUUUUUAACAAACUGUAGUAGGUACAGUAAAUGCAAACCGCGGUCUCUUGGUGGCUCGUUUGCUAUUGUGCUCACAUUUCUCGUGCGGUUGUCGACUCGAAAAGUAUCUUUGGGGUAUUAUCGGGGACAAAAACUUUUGGAAAUUUAAUUUUGGUAACACAAUGGCUAAAGUUUUGGCACUUUUGGUGAUCACUUUGGUUUCUUUAAUAGUCAACACUCGGGGUCAAACAUCAGCAAAAAAACCACUCGUCGGUCAGGCCUUUGACGAAAUUGUUGUAACAUCAGAUCUAAAUGUAAGAAGAAAAUCUAAAGAAAAUCGGCAGGGAAAAAAAUUAUUGACGAACGUGCCGUCAGAUUCAAUCGGACCUUCAGAAAACCCAUCUGCCACACCAUCUCGGCUCGUAUCCAGCGACGGAAGUAGAGUAACACCAGAAAAAAGAGAAAAACGCAGCAUCAUAUCACCACAAGAAAGAGCAUUAAAUUUGGGAACUGCAGGGUACUUGCUAAGAUCGCGAAAGCGAUAAAAAAAAAUUUUCAGCACGCUAUCGAGGACAACCGCACAAAUCCACACCCCCAUCUUGUGAUCACACGUUUCGACUGACCUUUGGACUUCGGUUUUGUAUCAAAAAUGAUAAUAAAAAUUCUUCUGUGUCAUAACAAUAA